ACCAACGGCCCCGAGUGCCUCAGCAAGUGCCAGCUGCUGCUCGAGCGCGGCAGCUCCUCGUACUCGCAGCUCCUGGCCGCCACGUGUCUGACCAAGCUGGUGUCGCGCAGCUCCAACGCGCUGCCCCUGGAGCAGCGCCUCGACAUCCGGAAUUACGUGCUGAACUACCUGGCCACGCGGCCCAAGCUGGCGGCGUUCGUGACGCAGGCGCUGAUCCAGCUCUACGCGCGCAUCACCAAGCUGGGCUGGUUCGAGUGCCAGAAGGACGAGUUCGUCUUCAGGAACGUCAUCAGCGACGUCACGCGCUUCCUGCAGGACAGCGUGGAGCACUGCAUCAUCGGCGUCAGCAUCCUGUCCCAGCUCACCAACGACGUCAACCAGGCGGACACGUCGCAGCCGCUGACCAAGCACCGCAAGGUGGCCUCGUCCUUCCGCGACUGCGCCCUGCUCGACGUCUUCACGCUGGCCUGCAGCCUGCUCAAACAGGCCUCGGGGAAGAGCCUGCACCUGCCUGACGAGAGCCAGCAGGGGCUGCUGAUGCAGCUGCUGAAGCUGACGCACAACUGCCUGAGCUUCGACUUCAUCGGCACCUCCACGGACGAGUCCUCGGACGACCUGUGCACCGUGCAGAUCCCCACCAGCUGGAGAUCGGCGUUCCUGGACUCGUCCACCCUGCAGCUCUUCUUCGACCUCUACCAUUCCAUCCCCCCCUCCUUCUCGCCCUUGGUGCUCUCGUGCCUGGUGCAGAUCGCCUCGGUGCGCCGCUCGCUCUUCAACAACGCCGAGCGCGCCAAGUUCCUCUCGCACCUCGUGGACGGCGUCAAGCGCAUCCUGGAGAACCCCCAGAGCCUGUCGGACCCCAACAAUUACCACGAGUUCUGCCGGCUGCUGGCCCGCCUGAAGAGCAAUUACCAGCUGGGCGAGCUGGUGAAGGUGGAGAACUACCCCGAGGUGAUCCGGCUCAUCGCCAACUUCACCGUCACCAGCUUGCAGGUGCGGAAAAACGGGAAUUCCCACCCGAAGGAUGGCCUGGAGGACCCUCUGGAGGACACGGGGCUGGUGCAGCAGCAGCUGGACCAGCUGUCCACCAUCGGGCGCUGCGAGUACGAGAAGACGUGCGCGCUGCUGGUGCAGCUCUUCGACCAGGCCGCCCAGUCCUACCAGGAGCUGCUGCAGAGCGCCAGCGCCAGCCCCAUGGACCUGGCGGUGCAGGAAGGGCGGCUGACGUGGCUGGUUUACAUCAUCGGCGCCGUCAUCGGCGGCCGCGUCUCCUUCGCCAGCACGGACGAGCAGGACGCCAUGGACGGGGAGCUGGUCUGCAGGGUGCUGCAGCUGAUGAACCUGACGGACUCGCGGCUGGCGCAGGCGGGCAGCGAGAAGCUGGAGCUGGCCGUGCUCAGCUUCUUCGAGCAGUUCCGCAAGAUCUACAUCGGGGACCAGGUCCAGAAAUCCUCCAAGCUCUACCGGCGGCUCUCGGAGGUGCUGGGGCUGAACGACGAGACCAUGGUGCUGAGCGUCUUCAUCGGGAAGAUGUUUCCCGGGAAUUCCCGGGAAUGUGGGAAUUGCUCCUUGACGGCCGGCACCUACAGCAGCGUGCGGAAGCUGGUGAAGCUCAGCGCCGUGCAGUUCAUGCUCAACAAUCACACGAGCGAGCACUUUUCCUUCCUGGGGAUCAACAGCCAGUCCAGCCUGUCGGACAUGCGCUGCCGCACGACGUUCUACACCGCGCUGGGCCGGCUGCUCAUGGUGGAUUUAGGGGAGGACGAGGAUCAGUACGAGCAGUUCAUGCUGCCCCUCACCGCUGCCUUCGAGGCCGUGGCUCAGAUGUUCAGCACCAACUCCUUCAACGAGCAGGAGGCCAAGCGCACGCUGGUGGGGCUGGUGCGGGACCUGCGCGGCAUCGCCUUCGCCUUCAACGCCAAAACCUCCUUCAUGAUGCUCUUCGAGUGGAUUUACCCCUCGUACCUGCCCAUCCUGCAGCGCGCCAUCGAGCUCUGGUACCACGACCCCGCCUGCACCACGCCCGUGCUCAAACUCAUGGCUGAGCUGGUCCACAACAGGUCCCAGCGGCUGCAGUUCGACGUCUCCUCUCCCAACGGGAUCCUGCUCUUCCGGGAGACCAGCAAGAUGAUCACCACCUACGGGAAUCGCAUCCUGACGCUGGGCGAGGUGCCCAAGGAGCAGGUGUACGCGCUGAAGCUGAAGGGCAUCUCCAUCUGCUUCUCCAUGCUGAAGGCGGCGCUGAGCGGCAGCUACGUCAACUUCGGCGUGUUCCGCCUGUACGGCGACGACGCGCUGGACAACGCGCUGCAGACCUUCGUCAAGCUGCUGCUCUCCAUCCCGCACAGCGACCUGCUGGAUUAUCCCAAGCUGAGCCAAUCCUACUAUUCCCUGCUGGAAGUGCUGACCCAGGACCACAUGAACUUCAUCGCCAGCCUGGAGCCGCACGUCAUCAUGUACAUCCUGUCCUCCAUCUCCGAGGGGCUCACGGCGCUCGACACCAUGGUGUGCACGGGCUGCUGCUCGUGCCUGGACCACAUCGUCACGUACCUGUUCAAGCAGCUCUCGCGCAGCUCCAAGAAGAGAUCGACGGCGCUGGCGCAGGACAGCGACCGCUUCCUGCACAUCAUGCAGCAGCACCCCGAGAUGGUGCAGCAGAUGCUCUCCACGGUGCUGAACAUCAUCAUCUUCGAGGACUGCCGGAACCAGUGGUCCAUGAGCCGGCCCCUGCUCGGCCUCAUCCUGCUCAACGAGAAGUACUUCUCGGACCUGCGGAACAGCAUCGUCAACAGCCAGCCCCCGGAGAAGCAGCAGGCCAUGCACCUGUGCUUCGAGAACCUCAUGGAGGGCAUCGAGCGCAACCUGCUCACCAAGAACCGCGACAGGUCAGCGCCGGCGCGGGACGGCGGGGACGGGACGGAGGGGACGGGACAGUGGGGACGGGACAGUGGGGACGGGACCGGGACAGAGGGGACAGGACCGGGACAGAGGGGACGGGACAGAGGGGACGGGACAGAGGGGACAGGACAGGUUUAUUGA